UACAAAAGACAAAACAGAAAAAGAAAAGAAAGAGAAAACCAGUGCAGAAAAGUGCUUAGCUUAGUUGAUAAUGGUGAGAUAGCGGAGAAUGACAUUGGUAGUUUGCCGGAAUGGACCGAGCUGCUCUGAAAACCCUUAACGCCGUAGCUUCCCCUCUCCAUUUCAGGGCAAAAACUUCACUAUUCCGUCCAUUUUUAUUGCACAAUCUCCAUUUCCCUCUCUUAUCUCCAUCUACACGUUUAUCUCCACUUCGUUCUCUAUGUGUAAGAAGUGAUGCUAUAACUAUGCCUAAUGAAGCCGGCGAGACAGCAGUUGAAAAAGCUCAGAAUAAACUUCUGCAAGUUGUGUUAGUCUCUCCUCAGAUACCUGGAAACACUGGAAGCAUAGCAAGAACUUGUGCAGCCUCAGCUGUUGGACUGCACCUAGUUGAGCCGUUAGGAUUUCCAAUUGAUAAUACAAAGUUGAAGCGCGCUGGACUUGAUUAUUGGCCAUACGUUGUUGUCAAAGUGCAUCGGUCUUGGGAUGAAUUCCGCGAGUAUUUCAGGGGACAGGCUGGGGAAAAGAGGCUGUUGGCAUUUACAAAGAGAGGAACAACUACACAUUCAGACUUCUCCUACAAAAAGGGUGAUUGGCUUGUAUUUGGCUCAGAAACUAAAGGAUUACCACCUGAAGCCCUACUUGAUUGCAAGAGUGAAUCUCUUGGAGGAGGAACCCUACGUAUUCCCAUGGUUGAAACAUACGUUAGGUGCUUGAAUUUAUCGGUAAGUGUUGGUAUUGCUGUAUAUGAAGCUUCUCGACAAAUAAACUAUGAACAACUUCAGUGUCCACCUGACACUAGUAUGGAUAUCGAAACAUCAUUUGUUACUGAAGAUAUUUAUGCUUAACUUCUUUGUUUUGCACUUCUACUAAUCCUGUUAUGUGUCUUA